AUGGCACACGGUGCAGAGGACUGCGCAACUGUCCUGGAGCAGUUCGUCCACGAUGUGGCGAACCUCCCAGCCGAAAUAAACCACUUGAUGGAGGAAAUACAGGCCAAGGACAAGGUCAUGCAGGAGUGCCGCGCUCUAAUCAACUCGCGCGACGGUAGCAUCCAGAAAUUCAUCAAAAUGAACGGCAGUCUGACGCCGAACCCGAAGGAAGAGGCAUACGCCAAGACUAUUCUACAGAACAUGGACAAGUCCCAAGAACUACAGAACGAGAAAAUUCAGCUCAGCGAGAAAGCAUGCGUCCUCCUCGAUCGCCAGAUCAAGCGACUCGACGUACGCAUCCUCUUCCUCCCCGACUCCGCACCCUCCGAAUCCCCCUCCUACUCUACGCCCCUCAACCAGACCUCCGGAAACGCGAAUCCCAUCCUAGCUGCCGCCCAGCGCUUGAACCAAUCCACUACACCCCGUGUCCAGGUCUCGGCCGCACAGCUCGGGCAAACAGCAGCGCGCAGCUCCGCACCCGCUACACCAGCAGCAACAGCAGCAGUCGUACACCUCCAGCAACGGCAACGCGAAUCCUCUGCCGGCGCGGUCGAUAGCAAGCGCCGUCGCUUAAACCCUUCCCUCAAUGUCCCGGUAGCCUCGUCGAACUUGCGCCAGUCUUCCACGGGCCCGGGGACACCGAAGCCCGGGACACCGGCCGGCAGCCGCGCAGGCAGCGUCGGUCCCCGUGUUACGAUCGGCGUCAAGAAGGCGUUGACCAAGAAAGUGGCUCCGCAUCAGCAAGUCAAGAAACUUAAGACUGCAAGUGGCAAGCCCAAGCGCUCUUCCAGUGCUAGUGGUCGGAUCAAGGCUUCGAAGAAAUCGCCCAAUGCGGAGGGCGAUGAGGACGAUGAUUCCAUGCUUAGUAGUGCUGAUACAUCGGACUCGGAUAAGAGUGAUGGCGCUGCUGAUGAGGAUGUCGAAGAUGAGGAUGAGGAUGAGGGUAAUGAGGAUUCAAAGGUCUACUGUACCUGUCGCACUGUCAGCCAUGGGGACAUGGUGGCUUGUGAUAAUGAUGAGUGUCCUUAUGAGUGGUUCCACUGGAAGUGUGUUGGAUUGACGCGCGAGCCGGUUGGGACUUGGUAUUGUGAUGAGUGCCGACGGACUCUGGGCAAGUAG